GUUUCACUGACAUAAAUGGACGAUAUUGUAAUUUACUCUGGAGCCCCUGGAUCCCUGAAGAAGGAGGAGCAGGACCCGCUGAGGAGGAGCAGGUCCGGCUAUAAAUCCUCCUCCAUCCUGCGCCUCCUUCCUUCUUCCUUCGGCUGCUUCUUCGUUCUCCUUCUCCGGUUCUUCAUCUCCAUCAUGGGCUUCGGUGACCUGAAAUCAGCCUCCGGACUCAAGGUCCUUAACGCCUUCCUGUCGGACCGCAGCUACAUCGAAGGUUUUGUCCCAUCUCAAGCCGAUGUGGCGGUCUUUGAGGUCCUGUCAGCCCCCCCGCCAUCAGACCUGUGCCAUGCUCUGCGUUGGUACAACCACAUCAGGUCCUACCAAGGCCAAAAGAACAGCCUCCCAGGUGUGAAGAAACCUUUGGGGCAGUAUGGCCCUCCAGGCGUGGCCGACACCACCUCUGGCUCCACCCCUGCUGCUUCCAAAGAAGACGAUGACGACGACAUUGACCUAUUUGGUUCCGACGAAGAGGAAGAUGCCGAGGCUGCCAAGCUGAAGGAACAGCGCCUUGCAGAGUACGCCGCCAAGAAGGCAAAGAAGCCCGCCCUCAUCGCUAAAUCUUCGCUCCUAUUGGAUGUAAAGCCAUGGGACGAUGAGACGGACAUGGCCAAGCUGGAGGAGUGUGUCCGCAGUAUCGAGAUGGACGGGCUGGUCUGGGGACAGUCCAAACUGGUCCCAGUGGGUUAUGGCAUCAAGAAGCUUCAGAUCAGCUGUGUGGUGGAAGAUGACAAGGUGGGCACAGACAUCCUGGAGGAGAAGAUCACGGCGUUCGAGGACUACGUCCAGUCAAUGGAUGUGGCAGCUUUCAAUAAGAUCUGAGUUACUCUUGUUUAAUAAAGAGCACUUGGCACAAAACAAA